GAAUUAGGGACCGUAAUGAGAUCACUAGGUCAGUCUCCAGACGAACAAGAUCUCCAAGAUAUGAUUAACGAGGUCGAUGUAGAUGGUAACGGGAUCAUAGAUUUUAAUGAGUUCCUCGCAAUGAUGGCAAAAAAGAUGAACGAAACAGACUCCACAGAAGAAAUCCGUGAAGCUUUCAAAGUAUUCGACAAGGAUGGAAAUGGACAAAUCAGCGCGGCAGAAUUACGUCACGUGAUGACAAAUCUCGGGGAGAAGUUAUCAGACGAGGAAGUCGACGAGAUGAUCCGAGAGGCGGAUUUAGACGGCGACGGACAAAUUAAUUAUGAAGAAUUCAAAGAGGCGUUCAGCCUGUUCGACAAAGAUGGCGACGGUACCAUAACAACCAAAGAGUUGGGAACAGUGAUGAGGUCACUAGGUCAGAACCCGACAGAAGCCGAGUUACAAGACAUGAUCAACGAAGUGGAUGUGGAUGGAAACGGAACUAUUGACUUUCCGGAAUUUCUUACCAUGAUGGCGAAGAAGAUAAAGGAUUCUGAUUCAGAAGCAGAGUUGCGAGAAGCAUUUAAAGUGUUCGACAAGGACAGAAAUGGCUUUAUCAGUGCAGCCGAACUUAGACAUGUGAUGUCAAAUUUAGGAGAAAAAUUAACAGACGAAGAAGUAGAGGAAAUGAUUCGGGAAGCAGAUACGGAUGGUGAUGGACAAGUUAAUUAUGAAGAAUAUCUGCAGACGAUAUUCCACAUAUUUGACAAAGAUGGCGACGGUAGAAUCACGGCAGAUGAGCUGACAACAGUGCUUGAAUCACUCCAGCUUUCCAAGAAAGAGUUAAAACGGCAGGUCGCGAAAGUCAUGGCGGAUGGCGACAAAGAUCAAAAUGGAACAAUAGAUUUUGAAGAAUUUCAUGCAUUUAUGGAGCCAAAAAUGGUAUGUCAGAGUAAACUGAAAGAGAUGAAAGAAGCAUUUUGUGUGUUCGACUCUAACGGAAACGGCCUCAUUGAGCAUGAUGAACUUAAAAAAUCCGGUAAUAUGAAAACUCUCCAACAAGUAGCCGAGCUCCGUGAGGCCUUCUAUAUGUUUGAUAAGGACGGCGACGGCAGAAUCACCGCUUCAGAACUCGGAGUCGUACUCAAGUCCAUGGGUCACACGCCCACCGAUACAGAGUUACGGGACUUGAUUCAUGAAGUGGAUGUUGAUGGAAAUGGGACUAUUGAAUUUAAUGAAUUUUUAGUGAUGAUGUCGAAGCGACUGACAUCAGACCUUGAGAAAAAAGAGUAUGUCGACGCCUUCAAAGCCAUGGACCAAAAUGGUGACGGCGUGAUAAGUGCAGCCGAACUCCGUCAGGUACUUAAGUCCAUGGGCGAACGAAUCAACGAUAAGGACAUAGACGAUAUGAUGAAGGCCGCCGACUUGGACGGCGACGGACAAAUCAACUACGUCGAAUUCAUCCAGAUGAUGAAAAAUCGGUAACACAUCAAGCUGCUGCUGGAUAAUGAUGUCACGUGACCUUCUGUUUAACCUGGUCCCGAGAUUUCAAAGA